GCGCAACCCCUCUCUUCCUUUCUCUCUCACCAGCCCCAGAUAUCUACGUAGGAUAUCACUUCCUAGAGCGGUCCAUCUCUCACGUUCGUUAGCGAUCAUACCCCGCAUAUACUGGAAUAUACCCGCACCUCGUUGAAGAACCCACCCGAACCGAAACGAUGAAGGUCCAACUACUCUCCCUCGCGGUCGCCGCAGUCGCCUCCGUGUCCGUCGACGCCGCGCCCACCCCAACGCGUCCACGCCCGCCAGCUAUUCUCGAGGUCCGCGAUUUCGCCAUCGAGUCCGCCUGGAGCAGCGAGUGGGCCGGCUCGUCUUCCACCACUACCGCGUCGUCGACGACCGGGACCGCUACUGCCAUUGCGACGGAGGCUGCUAAGCUUGUGCAAGUGGUUAGGCGGCAAGAGACUGCGUCUGGAACGACGGCGACUGCGACUGCGACGUUUGCUCCGCUUCGUCUUCGCGCGCGUCAAGAUGGGGUGAUCGGUACCGUUCCGGCUGCUUCGACCGCUACCGCUACUGCAACGGCCACGGCAACUGCAAUCGCUCCUCUUCGGCUUCGCGCCCGUCAAGCGCCUUUGAUCGACACCAUCCCCGUCGAGACGGAUACUGCGACAGCCACAGGGACGGCGACGGCAACCGCAGCUGCGAUCGCCCCCGCCCGUCUUCGCGCACGUCAGGCCCCCUUGAUCACCUUAAUCCCCAUCGAGACAACGACCGGCACAGCAACCGCCACCGCCCCCGCCCCCGCGCCCGCCCGUCUCCGCGGCCGUCAACUCCCCCUCUUCCCCAUCGGCACGCUCGAAACCACCACCAUCCCCGCAAGCGAGCCAGCCCCCGCAACCACCGCCAUCCGUCUUCGCCGUCGCCAAGACCCCGCCACCGCAUCCACCGACGGCACCACAACCGCAACAGCGACCGCUACCCUCGACCCACUCGGCCCCGUCAUCCCCCUCCCCACCCUGCCGCAGGUCACCAUCGCACCGAACCCGCGCAGGGUCCGGAGGCAGCCGGGCACGCUCCCGGCGUACACGACGACAGGGACCGCGGUGUAUGGGGUUGCUACUACGACGAUCAUUGUUUGAGGAGGGAUGGGUGUGGGGGAUGAUGAGUGGGGGGUGGGUUGGGGGGU